UGAGAUGAUCAGUGACCAAGGGAAUCCUGCCAGUGAAGGACUGAGCUUCAAGCAUUAGAAAGCCAUAUGCAGCCAAACGGCACUAAGUAUCCUAACAUGGUGUGCCAGCGCAGAGUCCUGAUCCUGGUCUUUGCUUUGUUGGUAAUCGGCAUCCAACUCUCCCAAGCUCAGCACUGGUCUCAUGGAUGGUAUCCCGGUGGAAAGAGAGAGCUUGACAUGCCACAGGUAUCAGAGGUCUCAGAAGAAAUCAAGUUAUGUGAUGGAGAGGAGUGCACUUAUGUGCGGAGCCCUAGAAGGAAUUUCUUGAAAAACAUUUUGGCUGACAUUCUGUCAAGACAGCUUCAGAAAAAGUGAGAUUCCUUAUUGCAAGCCAUGUAUGGAACAAUGUCUUUAUCUGACGAAGAGCCACCUAUUUUGUUUAUAUACUUUGUGAAAAUGUUAAAAUAUUUGUAGUGUUUCUACUGUUAUUAUUAGCUGUUUUGAAAAAAAAAUAAAUACAAUUUUCAUAUCAGCUUUUGUUUUACACAAAACUGUAAACAAUGCUUUGAUGUAUUGCUGUGCACUUUCAGGAAAUUAAUAAAAAUAUUUUGCUACAGAUGUAACACGUGCAGAUAUUCAUCCCCAGUGCCUGUUAUAAA